AUGGCCGAGACCGCGCGUAGUGCGCCGUGGUGGGCCGUGUGGCGCACGCGCGGCGAUGCAAGUUCAAAGGAUGCUGUACAUGAUGACGCUUUUCAUACCCCGGCUCACAAACCGAUCACCACACUCCACGAGCUCGAAGACGCGGUCGACGAUGCGACAAAGCCCAAGGCGCACAGUGUGCGCCUGCCGUUCAGCACGCUGCUCGUUUGUUCGGCGUACGGACUUGGGUUUGCAUCGGGGAUGCUGGGCGGUGCGCGUCGCACUGCGCUGGUAUACCUCGCGGAGAAUGCACACCGCAGACCGACGACCGUGCAGGGCUGGUACUUUUACAACAAAACGAAAUACUACCGCAUGAUCCUCGGUGGCGUGCGGCAUGGCGCACAUACGGGCAUCAAACUCGCAGGGUGGGUCGCGGGCUACUGUCUGCUUGAUUUUAUGGCCGAGAAUGGGCGCAGUCAGCUGCACGAGCGAUUCGCACUCACAAACACACCCAAUGCAGUGCUCGAUGCAUACUAUAUGGGGCACUGGGUUGACGGUGCAUUUGCAGGAAUGGCAACGGGAUGCAUUGGUGCAGUCGCAUACCAAUUGCCCGCGCCCAUCGUCCCACGGAUCCUGUUGCUUGGCGCGGGUGCCGGCGGACUGACUGGGGGCCUCGACAAAGCGUCCAUAUAG